AUGGGAAGGCAACAGAAUGAGAUCAUGCCCUUCAAGAAUAAGGAAGCACAUCAGGUAUACUUCUCCAUGCGCCGCCAAGGCCUGUUUAAGAAAGCUAGUGAACUUUCCAUUCUGUGUGGUGCAAUUGCUGGUAGACCGUUGUCCUUUGGCCAUCUCUCCAUUGAGACUGUUAUUGACCACUUCCUCACUUCGGGCAGUCCUAAUGGCCCUGCUUCGGGUGGUGCAAGCAAUGAUAGUGGUGGGGUGACAAACACUGUGCAUCAGUUGAAUGAGAAGUACUCAGAGUUGCAACAGUUUUUGGAGACUGAGAAGAAGAGAAAGUAG